UGCUUUAGCUUAUGCACAAGCCAGGAGCCACCCCUUUCCUGCUCAUCAGCCCAACGCCUCUUUCACCGCUUGGGCCGUGCCAUGCCCUGCCUAGCAUUAUUACACACAUCGUCAAAGUACGUAGCUGACCGACAUUUUGGGGGUCUGCAAUCUGAGCACAAACAUAAAUACGUUGACCCCCCACCAUCGGAGUGUUCGUUUCAUCAUCCAGAGCCGAAGACUACAACACAAAGAGUAUAUCUCUACAGCCUACUACCACUACCACUACAACAUCAUCGUCAUCCAACGAAGACUCCAACAACCAACUCAACACUUCCGCUCAACACCAGCCUAACAGCUCAUCCUCACAAACCAACACAAUGGCCGCCACUAUCUACGACGAGUCCAACAUGGCAUCGCAGAACCUCCCACCUUGCCCUGGCCCACCACCAACCCGCCCUCUUCCUCCUGUCCCAUCGAAAUAGAGGACAUGAACUCUCUACCUCGUUUUUGUCUUGUUCGACCUACACUUGGCUUUGGCGCAUUUCAACAUCGAUAUCAACUCCGCAUCCUUAACCGAGCAUCCUCAACGCGACCCACCUUACUACUCUAUCAUCCGACAUCGAUCUGCACCUUGCCGCCUGGUAUGCCGCCAUCAUGCAGUGCAUCUGCAGCAUCCAGUACUACCUGAUC